CUGUUCGUGACAUUCGUGGAAGUAACAUCAGCGUUAGCGGUCGUCUACGUCUUCGCGUCCGUGUCCGCGUGUGCAGCUUCCUGUGUUUGCCGGUGGGAAACGCUCACUUAUUCGACUAUCUUCGCACGGAACGUUUUCCAUUCACGAUCACGGUUCAUCUGUCUCCUUGCGCGUGUGUGUGUUUGUACUUAACUCCUUCCGGUUCCUCUGCCAGCAGCAGCAGCAGCAAACAACGAAAACAACAGCGCACGGCCGAUCCGCACGUAACCACAUCUCGCGUAACUGUGAAUCGGUAAAGGAAAAAGCACCGAACCACCAUGGCGCGUCUUCUCGCACGCUUCUGCAAGACACUUCCCGUCCAGGGUAGCUCAACCCAAUCGUCGGUGCUGCCGGCCGUCUCGAUGAUGCCGGCGCGUGCCCGUAGUAAGUAUUUACCGCCUCCGGAUUCACUGUUAUCUUUUGCCUCUUGUUGAUCUGUUGUUUUAUCGUAAUUGCGCCUGCUUUUCGUGUGUGUUUGUAUGAGUGUAUGCGUGACAGUGUUUGCACUGCACUGCAAUUGCACUCUGUUGCAGCAGGCGCCGGAUCGGUUACAACAGCGAUGACCAUGACCUGUUUCUUUACACAACGAUCACGAUCGCUUGCAAUUUUCCUCCGUCUGGACGGUGAUCCUGUGGCACACUUUACACGUGACCACUUUUUUUCUCAAAAUGUCUUGGCCAGCUAUGCUUUGAGCUGCUUUGACUUGAACCGUCUUAGCUGGGCAAGUAGUUUUUUGUCCCGGGGGAACGAUCUUGAUCGGAUCAGCGUUACAUGAUCUUGCUGUGUAGGAAAAUGAAUUUAUGAAACUAUACACGUGCCCCCCCCCCCCCCCCUUAACGGAACCGCUUCCCUCCAUCUGCGAACCUUAUGUUCCGCUUUCCCUCUCUGCUUUCGGGCCCCACGGUCGACACGGACCUUGUAAGCCGUAAUAUUUAUUUGACUAGUUAGAAAUCAAAACAGUUUCAAAGGUCGUACGGCUUGAUACGGCUUGUUGAUACAAUCUCAAUUUGAUAAUCGCAAUCGGUAGAUGAUCGGCGUGUUCUGACGAUGGCCGUGAAUGCAUCCCUCCGUGAUGCAUGCAUCCCUUUCGCCGGGUGAUGUUUUUGCAUCACCGCGGGCUUAAAUGCCUUAUCACGGUGACCUAAAUGCGCGAUUUGGCCUUGGAUUGGUUUGUUACUAGCGAAUUAGGACUCCCCACAUAACUCCGGGGGUGAAUACGGUCCGGGCUUGGCUAGGCUGAAGAUUCUCAGGAGCAUUGGGUUUAUCCGUAGCUCAUUUCUUCGUAGGCUCUUAUCUUAUGUAUCUUAGUAUGAACACCUUUUACUCAGGACACUUCAAUUAUCAGAUGUCCUUUGGAGGAUUUUGAGUUAGUUUUACAACCUAUGUCUCUCCAGUUAUGUCUUGUCAGACACCUUCAUUAUCUAGUACCGGCUUGAGUAAGCAUCUAUUCUACGGGAGACUAGAUCCCGCCGAGCUAGAACUACAGAAAACUCUUGCGAAUCCGUAAUCCUUUAUGCUUCGUUUUUAGGCACCGACACCCGCAUCCAGGCCGCAAAGCCUGUGGUCGAAAUGGACGGCGACGAGAUGACGCGCAUCAUCUGGCAGUUCAUCAAGGACAAGCUCAUCUUUCCCUAUGUGAAGGUGGAAGCGCUCUACUACGAUCUCGGCUUGCCGUACCGCGACCAGACGAACGAUCAGGUAACGAUCGAUGCGGCACACGCGAUGCUGAAGCACAACGUCGGCAUCAAGUGCGCAACGAUCACGCCGGACGAGCAGCGCGUGGAAGAGUUUAAGCUGAAAAAGAUGUGGCUCAGCCCGAACGGCACGAUCCGUAACAUUCUCGGCGGUACGGUGUUCCGCGAGCCGAUCAUUUGCAAAAACAUUCCGCGCAUUGUCCCGGGCUGGACGAAACCGAUCGUGAUCGGGCGCCAUGCGCACGGGGAUCAGUACAAGGCGCAGGACUAUGUGGUCCGCAAACCGGGCACGGUGAAGAUGGUGUACACCGGGGAGGAUGGUACGGUCGAGGAGAUCCUGCUGUACAAGUACCCGUCGCCCGGUGUGGCACUGGCCAUGUACAACACGGACGAGUCGAUCACCGCGUUCGCGCACUCGUCGUUCCAGGUGGCGCUCAGCAAAGGUUGGCCCCUGUACCUGUCCACCAAGAACACGAUCCUGAAGCGUUACGACGGCCGGUUCAAGGAUAUCUUCCAGGAGAUUUACGAAAAAGACUACAAGAAACAGUUUGAGGAUGCGAAGAUCUGGUACGAGCACCGGCUGAUCGAUGAUAUGGUAGCGCAGGCGCUCAAAUCUUCGGGCGAAUUCGUGUGGGCCUGCAAAAACUACGACGGAGACGUGCAGUCAGAUAUUGUGGCGCAAGGGUACGGUUCGCUCGGCCUCAUGACAUCGGUGCUGGUGUGUCCGGACGGCAAAACGCUCGAAUCGGAAGCCGCUCACGGAACCGUCACGCGCCACUAUCGCGAACACCAGAAGGGACGCCCCACCUCCACCAAUCCGAUCGCAUCGAUCUUCGCGUGGACCCGCGGUUUGGAGCACCGAGCCAAGCUUGACAACACACCCGACCUAGCCCGCUUUUCGCAAGCGCUCGAGAAGGCCUGCGUCGACACGGUGGAAUCGGGCAAGAUGACCAAGGAUCUGGCACUCUGCAUUCACGGUUCGCGCAACCUCAAGGACAGCAUGUACCUAAACACGCAGGACUUCCUGGAAGCCAUCUCGGAGCAGCUGGAGCGUACGUGGAAGAAGUAGGGAGCACGGACCGUGCGGCCGGGGACACACUUUUGUACCAUAUUUGAAUUAAACUUUCCGAAUAAAAAACGAAACCUUCCCAGA